AAUUAUAAGGGUUGAAGAAACUUUAUAUUCAAGCAUCUGCGGUCAUAUUGUCCUUAUCAGAUCACAUCGGAGCUUGAAGCAUCUAACUGUGUUUCGGCAGGCAACAAGAAAGCCAUGAGUUCUGCAAUAUCAAAAUCUACUCAGAGCCUCACCACCGCUGAGGACAUGAGGGAUCAAACCAAACUGAUAAUGCAGCCCUAUGUCAACUGGGAAGAGUAUCUGACUCCAGCGCCUCUAUCUAUAGCCAUUCUGGGAGAGCUGGUUUUCAUCUCAUCCUCAACAGAUUUCUCUAUCAAUAAAAAUCCUCCUAAAGAGGGUUACAAAUUCAUCAAAUACCCCGAUUCUUUCCGUGCUUGCCUCAUGCAAGUGUGCAACACUGGUUGGUGGGCGUUCAAUGAAGCCCAUACGAGCAUGGAUCAGAUCCGUCUCCAUACGGCCCAAGUCCCAGAUUACAUGAAGAAUGCUGUGAAGAUUCUGUUCCAAGAUGAUGAUGAGGUUGUCAGAGCGCUUCUUCCUGAUCAGAUGGACAAUAUCAGAGAGAUCGCAGAUGAAUGUCUGACGCUGUCUGCUGCUACUGAAAAGAGUUUUGGUAAUGUCAUCAAUAUCAUCCAAGAGCUGCUGGAAGCCUGUAUGAAUGCAAAUCGCUUUUAUGGGGAAGAGAUGGAGGCAAUCAAGAAGAAGAUUGAGGAGAGCAAACUGAGGAAGCAGUCAUCAGAAGAAACAAAGAAAAGGACUGAGAAGGCAGUGAAAGCUGUGGAGAAGCAACUGGAUGAGGCUCAAGAGAGCUACAAGAAAGCUCUGGAUUCUCUUCCUGGUGGGUGGGAAAUGAUUGCCAUGGACUGUGUUGGUGGAUUAGCACAGAGCGUUACAGGCCUGAUUAAUGGAGUUACGUCUCUUAUUACCCACCCAGUCAGAAGUGCAUGUUCUGCAACAAGAAAGAUCGCUAGUACCGUGAACCAGAUUAGAGAUCAGGAGAGAGAUGUAGUUGCUGAAAUAAAUGCAUACAGUAAGUCUGCUACAAUUUUAAGUUGUGUCCAGACUAUCCAGCAGCUAAUGAAUGUGAAUCAUGAGGAUGAUGACAUUGCCUGGAGAGAUCUGUUUGAUCAGAAGAACAAUUGUGCAAAAACUAUUUUUAUGGCACAACAGUUUGAACGAAUCAGUGAAGAAUUAAAUCAAGUCUCUGACUGCUCAAGUAAGUUUCAGGCUCUGAAGCUGUGCUGCAUGGGCAUCAAAAUAUGCAAUGAGCUGGAACGUUAUGCACCUGAUGGCGAAUGUGAGAAAAACAAAAGUAAGAAGAUUAUAAAGGAGGUUUUGGAACUGAUCCAGCUUGCACAGGCUUUUGACUGCAAAAGCAAAGAUGCGACAAAUUCUCCAGCCAUUUCUCCAAAGCCACCAAUGAUGAAUAAAGAAGCAAACAAGUCAGAGAACAUGAGUCCUGCACAGAAAGCCUCACAGAAUGCAAGAUUCACCAUAGAGCAGACCCGAGCUCAGCUGAACAAGACCAGAGAGACCUAUGAGAAAUGUGUGGAGAACCUUGAGAACAACCAGAAAGAACUGACUGAAAUCCUGAUCACGAUGAGAAACUGUGACCUGAAAGAGACCGACUUCAGAACCACCAUAGAGAUGCUGGCCAAAGGAAUGGAUGCCAUGGGUAGAGUGAAGGUGCAGUGGGAGAAGAUGGUUCACUUCUUUCAGAUGGUUUCUGCCAUUGUGAAAACCAGACUGAGCAAAACUCUCAAAAACUUUGUCUCCACAUCUGAGAAAACACAAACCCUUUCCUACAAUAACAAGCUCUUCUCAAAAGAUCUGCUCUACACUCAGGCCUUCCAAGCCAGUAACAUUGCUAGUCUGGUCCAUAUGAUCUCUGCGACAUACACAGAUGUUUCCAGCAGGUACCUGAUGGAUCGAGUCAGCUCACUGGGCAAACUGAUGGCCAUGGAUAAAAACAAGCCAGAAUUUGAGCAUGAGCGACAACAGCUCCAGAACGCCUGUGAUGCGGCACAGAAAGGCAUCUUAAGGCUUGUGCUGAAGAAUAAAGAGGAGUUUGACAGAAAGAGCAAUGCAAGACUGGAAAGAAUCAGUCGGGAAUUGCUUGCCAUUCUGCCUGCUGCUCCUCCAGAGCAAAUCAAGAGCAUUCAAGAGGCGGUUCAAGCUGGAUUCACUGAAGAUGAAGCAGCAGCAUAUUACUGAAUCUGAAGUGUUUAAAAAGCUCAUCAAGUACAUGAUAGUUAAGCUUUGCAGUUAAGUAACUUGAUAUUUUGAGUUUCCCUAAAGAGUCUGAAAAAAUCUCCACAUAUUUUGAUAUUCUAACUGCACUUAUAGCUUGUUUAGUCAUUUGGCAAUAGAGCUUUAACAACUGUAGAAAAAACAGCCUUACAAUAUGCCAUAGUUACGUUUUUUUUUUUAUCUCUUUCAUCUUUAUGGUUACUUUUCUGUAAAUCUCUUAUGUUCUUAUGUUUAAUUAUGAGGCUGUUGAAGUAAUAAACAUACAUG